CUUUUGUGUUUCUCCAUCCUCAACUGCUUCGUCAUUCUCAUUCAGCCAUUCAUUCUGGUGUACAACAACACUCCACACUUUCUCAUUCCCCAUCAACUGUCUUGCCCACAAAAGUCAUAGGAUCGCAAGUGAACCCAUUCUGAACCCAUUCAAAUUCUUGUGCGUUUGAAGACACAGCACAUGGGCUUGAGCGCCUCCAAAAACUCGUCUGAGGGACGCAGGCUGUCCCACUCCUCGGACACGCGCAACGAGGGGCAACCACUGCUUGCGACUUACCAUGGCCAUGCCCAGGGCGGAGCCCCGCGGUCAUUCCCAACUGCACCUGUAACUCCUCUUUUGAAGGAGGCUCGAUAUGCGAUCAUCAAUGCCCUUGAUACAUCGCUUACUCGCGAUGAACUGGGGUCUCCAGAAAUCUAUUUGACAUUGCUACUACCGAUAGUCAGGAAGUAUCGGGAGGAAAGGAGAGAGACUGCGGCGGUGUACUGUUUUCUCCUGAAUCGGUGGCAGUUCCUCAAGGAUGCCGAAAGUGAUCUGGCCAAUGCACGUUUAAGCGAGACUAGAGCACACGCAUGCGAGAUUGUCGCAACAAAGGUGCUAAAGGCAUUUUCGAUGCGUCAACUGAUCGACGUGCUGACUUACGACUUUUCGCCGAUGAGAAGAAAGGAAUCAAGGCUGUAUUUGCCGCACUUUGAGGGUGAUCCGUCUACAGAACCGAUGAGUGCGUUGGAAGUCGCAAUAUCCGCAAGGGCGAAGCGCUUUCUCUCGAAUCCGCUUGUGCAGGAAAUCAUUAACCAAAUCUGGCUGGGAGAGAUUGUAUUUUUCUCGAAUGCGAUCGAUAACCCGCAAUCAUGCCUCAAUGCCUCACAGCAGGAGAUACGUACUGUUACAGUAUACGACAGCCGGGACAUCAAGUUCCUGAGACUUUCAAGGCUUCGCGUUCCGAGAUACAAAACUACAUUCCAAAUGGCCUCUUUCUCGGCCUUCAUCUUUGUCUAUACCUUGGUCACAUUUGCAAAAGAGACAGAGUUCACUGUGAUGGAACUGAUCAUGGACAUAUUCGCAUUAUCAUUCACAUUGGAUGAAUUCUUUCAACUCAAAGACUCGGGACCCUCGUUUUAUUUUGAGACCGUCUGGAACUUGUUCGACGUGCCGAUCUAUAUCAUCUUUCUUGUGUUUAUGAGCCUUCGCAUCAGCACCUUUUUCACUGGGUCCAUCGAAAUGUCAAAUUUUGCCUACGACUUUUUGGCAUGUAACGCUAUUUUGCUUUGGCCACGACUCUUUGCGGCGCUUGAUCACUAUCGAUUCUUCGGUACAAUGUUAGUUGUACUCAGGCAAAUGUUGAUAGACUCGAUGCUCUUCCUUGCGCUCUCGUUCAUCUUUUACGUCGGAUUCUUGCAAGCAUUCUAUGGCCUCCACGAUAACAAAAAGUCGUACGGGGAGAUCGCGUGGUUGCUCUUGCAAGUAUUUUUCGGUUCCGCUUUUCUGGGGUUUGAGGAGGCAGCAGAGCUAUCAGAACUGUUCGGUGCCCCACUGAUGGUUCUCUUUGUGGCUAUCUCGGUCCUCAUGCUGUAUACUCUGCUUAUCUCUAUUUUUUCGCAAACUUUUUCCGAGGUGAGCGCAAACGCCAAGGAAGAGUUCAUGUUUUUGUUCUCUGUCAAGGUCAUGGAGGAGGUCAAGUCGGAUGCACUCUACGAAUUCCAACCGCCUUUCAACAUUUUGGCAGGUAUCGCUGUAUGGCCUUGUAGCCUCAUCUAUCCCCCCGAAACCGUUGGAAAAGUUAGCCGUGUGCUCCUGCGAGUGUUUUACUUUCCAGAGCUGGUUUUCAUCUGGCUGUUCGAAACGUUGGCUCUGCGGAAAAAACCUCAAUACAUGCCCGUGCAGCCAGGCAUGGUUAACCAUCAGGGCAUAUAUGGCACCAUGCCAUACGCAUCUGUCGCAGGAAGUGUUGACGGUGGUGGUGUGGCCAAGCGGAGACAGGAAGAGACUGACAGCAGCAAUAAUAAUAACAACAACAACAACAACAACAACAUCAAGGCAUCGACUGUGGAAGCUACACGCGAAGACGCAUUGUCUCCGAUGGAGCUGGAGGGCCUUGCAACGGACCCCUUCCAGUCCGCUGGCGGUCGGGCUCCUGCAUCGAGCUCCUUGUCCCAGCAGCUUAAUCAGAUCAAUACUGGCGGACUCUCGUCAACCAAUACGCAUGAGGUGCUCUCGCCAUACUUUGAAAACAUCCGCCGGUUUAGGGACUCGAGUAAUGCCAACUCGGCUUCUGCAGCAACACCAUCGCUCAGGGAUGAUAUCGAGGGUCAUCAGGAACGCACACAGUAUUCAUACUAUCCCUCGGCGCCUAUUGGGAUGGGCAUUGGGAUUUCAAGGCAGGGCAGCAUGAACCGUGGUCGCGUGCGUCAUGGGACCGAGGCCACAUUGGCAGGCACAUUCCAGGGUAUCUGGCCCUCGUAUCAUGACUCGAUGACCGGUGGGGUCGGUGAUUUCGCAGGCGGCGGUGAUGCUUCAGCGACGAUCGGAGGCAACUGUAUGGGAGAUACCUACUAUCAACAUCAUUUUCAGCUGCAAGAGCAACUUCUGCAGCAGCACCAGCAUUGGUGUAUGGAUGCAGAGCAAAAACGACAAGAGGAUGGACAAGAGCUUACACGAUUAAUGGAAUCACGGUACGCAGAGAUGCGGAUACGGAUGGAACAGAUCGAAUCGAAGCUGGAUCGACUGAUGGACGUGAUUGCAGCGGGCCAUAGGGAUACGCAGUGAAGCUACUUUCUUGCGCCAUUGUCUUUUUUUCUGAAGCAUCAGUCGCUUUACCUUGGCAUAUGACCUUCGCUGCAUGCACUCGCGGAUAGCUAGCAAUACUCCUAGGCGAAUAAAGAAUACUUCGAGUGGAAAGACAAGUGGAUUGAGCAUCCCAAAGUGGUUUUCUGUCCCAUAUUGAUCGACACGGAUCCAGGAAGCGCGUAUAAAUACGUGUUGGACUCUACAGUAAAAGCAUUCCUCAGCUCC